CUUCCUGUCCUUUACAGAAACGGCGAAAAGGCGACCAUCCAUCCUGCUGGGCUCGAUUUCUCCUCCUGGCUACUCUGCUGACAGCGUGUGAACGAGCAACUAUUCACGGACAGGCAUCAUCUCUCCUCGGCUCUCCUCUCCUUCACUGUGCAUGGCUUCCCUCCUCCUCGCUGCUCCCCCCCAGCCAGAUCCCCUGAACUGAAUGAUGAAUGAUCGGCCCGCUUGUCACUUUAUUGCUGCGUAUUAACGGUGCGCAGGGGGAAAGUCCUGAGGCGCCACAUCCCUUUCUUUUCCUAAUUGUGCUUCAACCACACUUUCCGUCCCUGCUGCAAUGCACAGAGCCUGAGAGAGAGUAUUUCCUAAACUUCAGCUCACCACAAGCCAGAGGCACAAGGGGUCAGGAUAAAAAUGUGAGGGCAAUGGACUGAGCAGCUUUCUCUGUAAUCCCUUUGGCCUCCUCUUCCCCCUGCGCACCGUUAAUACGCGCAAUAAAGAUACUGUGCGGCUGUGAAGUGACAAGCGGGCCGAUCAUUCAUCAUUCAGUUCAGGGGAUCUGGCUGGGGGGGAGCAGCGAGGAGGAGGGAAGCCAUGCACAGUGAAGGAGAGGAGAGCCGAGGAGAGAUGAUGCCUGUCCGUGAAUAGUUGCUCGUUCACACACUGUCAGCAGAGUAGCCAGGAGGAGAAAUCGAACCCAGCAGGAUGGAUGGUCGCCUUUUCGCCGUUUCUGUAAAGGACAGGAAGUGCAGCUUCUGCAAACCAAGAAAACCUUUUUUUACAGAAACGAAUAACAUUGUGAGCUGCAUAUCUGAAGGAUACCCUGAACCUACUAUAUAUUGGUUAUUGUGCUCUUCCCCUCAUGGCAGGUGUAUAAACAAGACUGGCACACAUUUGUUCAGUGGCACUGACAUUUAUGGCAGGCGCAGGGUAAUGAAUGCCCUGGAUUCACGCUUUCUGCAGGAUGAAUAUAUUCUGUGUUGUGUCGCUAAUACCUUUGGCACAGAAUGUACCCAACUGUAUACAAUAGAUCUAAAUUCUGAAGGACUACUGCCCAAAAUAUUUGUUAAGGUCGGGGAGCCCUUUAUUAUAAGGUGUCGUGCUAUGAACGAAACAUAUAAAUUCAGAGUAGAAUGGUCCUAUAACAGUACAGAUCAGCUGCAUGCCUUUGAAGAAAAUGCAUACGUUAACAUCCAAUCGGUGUCACAUAUGGUCAGAGUCUCAUUCGCAACGUCUUUGCAGAUGAAUAGAUCAAACAGUGGUAUUUACACCUGCUCCUCAACCUACUUACCAAGCAAGUCAGUCCAUGUCAUCCUCUCAGACAAGGGCUUCAUUCACCUGAAUACUUCCAAGGAAGAGUAUAUUAUUGACCAGAGCAAAGAGUUUUGUUUCCAUGUAACAUUCGAAGCAUACCCAGCAGCACGGUGUACAUGGCUUUACCAGUCAAACCAUUUUCCAUGCGAAAACGCUACAGUGGGAACAAGCGUAGCCAAGUUCUGCGACCAUAAAUAUAUGACUGGAGAGUAUACGUUCUACAUAGAGAAUGAAGAUGUGCAGCUUCACAAAACAUUCAUUUUAAAUCUACUGAAGAAACCUGAGAUAUUUGCAACAUCAUUGCAAGAUUACCUGUCUUGUACUGCUAGCGCCAACCCCUUAGCAGUUUGGUCAUGGAAGAGAAGCAGGGAAGAUCUUUCCAACUGCACAGAUGACAUUAUUGAUGGCUUUUCGUUUGGACUAGCAGAAAGGAUAUCUGAUGCUUGGAUGUCCAGGAGCACCCUGUAUAUAGGCAACAUUACAGGAACUUUUUGGAUCUGUUGCUGUGCAAAUAAUUCUGUUGGAGUGACUUGUGAAAAGACGCCUUUAAUAAACAUGAAACCCAUUGUUGAACAAAAUUCAUAUUUUAUCCCUGUGAUAUCUUGUCUCUGUGCAUUAAGCAUCUUCUUUUUAACUGUGCUGAUUUAUAACAAAUCCCAAAAGAAAAACCUCUAUCAAAGCCAGCUGCAAAUGAUACAGUACAUUGGCCCAUCAGACAAUGAAUACAUAUACAUUGAUUUCAGUGUCUUGGAGUAUGAUUUAAAAUGGGAAUUCCCUAGAGAAAAUCUGGAAUUUGGGAAAGUAUUGGGUUCCGGGGCCUUUGGAAGAGUGGUGACUGCAACUGCAUAUGGUAUUGCCAAGCCAGGGGUCUCACUUCAAGUUGCUGUAAAAAUGCUCAAAGAAAAUGCUGAUGGUUCGGAAAAAGAUGCACUGAUGUCGGAACUAAAAAUGAUGACUCAAAUUGGCCACCAUCAAAACAUAGUCAAUAUGAUGGGAGCAUGUACAACGGCAGGACCUAUUUACCUUAUUUUUGAAUACUGUCUCCAUGGCGACCUUCUAAAUUAUUUGAGGAGCGAAAGAGAAACAUUUCACAAAACGUGGACGGAUGUUGUCAAGGACCAUAACUUCAGUUUCUACCAUAAUUUUACUCAGCACCAAAAAACCAGUGUGAGACGGGAAAGCCUCCUGGACAAUGGCUUUUACAUGGCAGAAAACAGAACACUGGUAUCUGGGGACAGUCAACAAAUAGGGAGUUUUUCAUUAAACUCUGAACAAAAUGACAAUCAAGAACAACAAAUCAAAUAUGAAAACACAAGAUGUUAUGAUGAAGAAGAUCUGCAUGUUCUAACGUUUGAAGACCUGCUGUGCUUUUCAUAUCAAGUCGCAAAGGGGAUGGAGUUCCUCGAGUCAAAGCUUUGUAUUCACAGGGAUCUCGCUGCAAGAAAUAUCCUGAUAACCAAUGGGAAAGUAGCCAAAAUUUGUGACUUUGGACUUGCUAGAGAUAUUGAGAAUGACUCGAACUAUGUGGUCAAAGGCAAUGCUCGAUUGCCAGUCAAAUGGAUGGCACCAGAAAGCAUAUUUGAAGGCAUAUAUACCAUAAAAAGUGAUGUGUGGUCCUAUGGCAUAUUGCUCUGGGAGAUCUUUUCUCUUGGAAUCAAUCCCUAUCCUGGGAUUCAGGUUAAUGCCCACUUCUACAAGCUCCUUCAGAGCGGAUUUAAGAUGGAACAGCCGUUUUAUGCCACUGAUGAGAUAUAUUUCCUGAUGCAGUCCUGCUGGGCGUUUGAUUCUAGGAAAAGACUGUCUUUCCCACAGCUUGUUUCCUUUUUGGGAUAUCAGAUUUCAAAUAUGGAAGCUCUGGUAUAUCAGAACAUGGACCAGCCUAACAGAAGAGAUUCCUCCUGUCUGAAGCAGAGUUUCAAAGAGAUGAACAGCCCUAGCCUUCUUGCCCAGGAGCCACUUAUCUAGUGCAGGGGGUUUCACUUACCCUUCACAUUGCUCAGUUGCAGGUAGAGGUUUCAAUUGGACAAAAGGUUGAACUUGAUAGACAUUUGUGCUUUUUUUCAACCUCAGCUAUUAUAUAAUAAUAACGAAUCUCCUCCAGCCCUUAUUGGGCUUUUUCUUCGAGCAGAAAGAAACAGAUUGUUUAUCUGCAAAGGAAGGAUUUCUUCUACCUUGGGUUCCAUAUUGUAUUUUCAUCUUAUAUUUGCAUUGCCCUAGUCUAUGCAUUACGGAUAUUUUUUAUAUGAUGCCAUUUAAAUGGGAGGUAUAGUCUAUUUAUAGAUAUAGAUGGUCUCUUGUAUUUAUUUUCUCUCAAACAUAUGGAUAGUAUAAGGGCAACAUUGGCCGACAGCAAUGGUAACAUUAGGGCAUAUGCCAUGGAGGGGGCUCUUAAAGGGCAUGUAAAAAAAUAAAAUCCCAUUAAUGAAAAAGAAA